AUGUCCCGUCUCAAAGCACAACACGUCACCGCAAUCCGGUGGCUAGCAGAAGCAACAGACGCAGAAGUAGAAGGCCUCUCCGUAGGCAGCAGCACCCUAACAUUCAUCCCCCGUCUCCCUCCCUCCGCUGCUCUAGUCAAAAAGUCCCGUAAGAUCAAGAUCGUACCGGACACGAGCGCGGCGAGCACGCUCUUGAUUCUUCAGGCCAUCCUCCCAUUCCUUCUCUUCGCAGGCGGAGACGAUGCUAAGCCCAUCGAGCUCCAAAUACAAGGCGGGACAAACGUAGACUUCUCGCUCUCGUACGAGUACCUAGACCAAGUCCUCCUUCCGCGCCUAGAAUCUUCGUUUGAAGGUGUAAGCGUCGAGCGGAAACUAGUUCACCGCGGAUGGAGUAAAGGACCGCAGAGCAGGGGCUCCAUCGUGCUCACGAUUUACCCUCUGCGACCAGGCCAGCCGCUGCGUCAGCUAUCUCCCAUAGAGAACCCAUACGACGGUACCCCCUCAGAACGUCGUAAAAUAGUACACUCCAUAGACGUCACAAUGAUCGUCCCUUCAUACCAGCAGGCCAUUCUCCAAAAAAUACUGACAGAGGAAAUCGCCGGAGCUUUCCCCCACGCAGAGCUAGCAUACAAGCACGUCGAGGACUCGGGCAACGACAAGCAGAUGUAUACCCUCCUGGUAGCCAAGGACGCCUCUGGGAUGUUACGUUGGGGCUGCGACGAGUCCGCGUCUCCGAAGCAGAGCCGGCGUAGACAACAAGGGCAUGAGCUUGAGGACUUUGCGUGGACCACCAGCCGCGCGGUCGUUUGCGGUCUAUCUGAUGAACUAUUGAUACCGGGCUCGACGGUGGACAAGUUCUUACAGGAUCAGCUCAUCAUCUUCCAGGCUUUGGCGGAGGGAACGACAUCGUUCCCGCGUGCUGCUGCGCCGAAAAGUGGCAGUGAUGAUGACGUGGAGGUCGCAAGUCAAGAUAUGGCGCAGUUGAAUCUAGGGGAGAGGAUGAAGAAGGAUAAGACGGAUAAGCCAUUCGGAUACGGCAGCUUGCAUGCUCAGACGGCAAGAUGGGUGGCGUCGGAGAUAUUGCCUGCGGUAGAAUGGUAUAACAAGGGGACAAUUUGCAAAGGGGUUGGAACGAGCUUCAGCUAA